GUUUCCGGCAACAGAAAAGGAGUGGAAGACUGUUGGAGAACAGUUCGAGUUUAGAUGGAAUUUUCCCCACUGUCUCGGUGCUGUUGAUGGAAAGCAUGUAUGGAUAACGCCGCCAUCAGAAUCAGGGUCUUAUUAUUGGAAUUACAAAGGAUACAACAGUCUUGUGUUAAUGGCAGUUGUAAAUGCGAACUACGAAUUCAUUAUGGCAGACAUUGGAACUAAUGGUCGCGUAUCAGAUGGAGGAGUCAUUGAUAAUACAGAAUUUGGUAAGCGACUCAAAGAUGAAAAGCUCUGCAUCCCACAUGAGUCAGUAACAGCUACUUCAAAUUGUGUUUUGCCAUAUGUAUUCGUGGGAGAUGAGGCCUUUGCAUUAAGGACAGAUUUCUUGAAACCUUAUUCUCAAAAGGACCUACAUAGUGAGACGCGAGUAUUCAACUACAGGCUGUCAAGGGCACGGAGAGUGGCAGAAAUUCGGCAUUAUGGCUUCCAGGUUUAG